UCGCCGAGUGUACUUUAAUGAAAAACAAAUCGUCAUGACAAUAUAAACAAUGUGAUUCGUGUGAAAGAGUGUUUUUAGUGAUAAAAAGUGUUGGAUAAAUAAAUCAAGUUUUCGAGUUAGUUCAAUUGAUUUUAAUACUUAUCAUUUGAACGUAAAACAAGUGCAAUUAACCAUAAAACAUGUCGUGGGAGCCACCAAAUUUAUCAGAGCUGUGCCCAGCUUAUACACAAGUUUCGACUUGUCAACCACCAGUCAUACUAUUUAUGAGCUUUUUAGCUAGUUUAUUUGGCUACUCGAACGAUGGUAUGUUCAGCAUGGCUAAAUCAAAUGUUCAUUCUACUCAAUCAACUUACUCGGGGGAGGCUAAUACGAUCUCAACGGUAAUUAGUGAUUUACACGAGCCAUCGGCUACAUUACAAUCGCGCAUCGGUCACGAUGAAAGCAGAGAAGACGACGGUAGUUAUUUCGAUAAUUUUGAUUCGGAGGAGCAGCCCACGCAAAUUUAUUCAAUGAGGUCAACACCGGCAACAGCAGCAACGCCGUUUUAUGGCUAUAGUCACCCUCUGUUACGAUAUACCCAUUACUACGGCCAACGCAUAAAACCGAAAUUCCGCGAUCGUUUCGACAGUCGGCGAUUUUACUUUCCGUACUCUACGAGCGCCUCGCUGCCCACUCCUUUGACCACGAUGAUUUAUCAUCAGCAAAACUAUCAGCAUCCCCUGUUGACGCACGCGGCGAGUCAGCCCUCGCAAUUCAUACGUCGAGAGUCGCCGUCGAAUCACCUGCCGAACUUUCUCAUGUCCCCGGCGCCCUUCGUUUCCGACGGCGAGGGCGGCGGCUUGUCGUCGUUCCGUAAGCAGCACGCGACACUCUACGGUACGAGCGUGCCAUCGUUCGACAAGCUCAUGAUGCCGGAGGACGGAUACGACGAGGCCGUUAAUGGACCAGCGGCGCGGGCAGAAUUUCCGGAGCCUACAGGAUUUCUCCCCAAGGAGUACGAUUUUAUUGUUGUGGGAGCUGGCUCGGCCGGUUGCGUCGUCGCUAAUCGCCUCAGUGAAAUUAGUCAGUGGAAGGUAUUACUACUCGAGGCAGGAAUAGACGAGCCUCUGGUAGCCGACGUACCAGCGUUUGCGCCAGCUCUGAGAGGAAGCAACAUCGAUUGGCAGUACCGAACGACUCGCAUGAAAAAGGCCUGUCGCUCGAAACGGGGUGGCCGAUGCGGUUGGUCGCGCGGCAAAGUGAUGGGAGGUUCGAGCGUGUUGAAUUACAUGAUGUACAUCAGAGGUAAUAAGCAGGACUACGACGAGUGGGCUGCAUUGGGCAACGAGGGCUGGAGUUACGACGAAGUCCUUCCGUACUUCAAGAGAUCCGAAGAUAAUGAAAAUCCCGAGGUCGUGAAGGAAAGCCCGUACUAUCAUAGCACCGGAGGCUAUCAGACGGUCGAGUGGUUCGACUACAUCGACGAAAACGCCAAGAUCUUGAUAAACGGCUGGCAGGAGAUCGGCUACAACUUGGUCGACCCCAAUGCCGAGGAUCAGCUCGGCGUCGUGCACAUGCAGACGACUUCGAUCCACGGGGCGCGUCAAAGCACCAACGGCGCCUUCAUCAGGCCGAUACGGGACAAGAGGCCGAAUCUGGUGAUCGAGACCGAGGCGCACGUGACUCGCGUCGUGAUCGAUCGAAAAACGAAAAUCGCCACGGGCGUCGAGUAUUACAGCACGAGGAGCGGCUACACCAAGCUGGCCAUUGCUCGCAAGGAGGUCAUUGUCUCCGCCGGCGCCAUCAACUCGCCCAAGAUACUGCAAUUGUCGGGCAUAGGACCGGCAAAAAUGCUUCGACAGCACAAAAUAGACCUGGUUUACGACUCGGCCGUCGGGCUGAAUUUGCACGAUCACGUAACUACCGACGGAUUCGUCAUAGUGCUGUCCAACAAAACGGCCACGAGCAAGAGCAUCAAGGGAAUCGAGCGAGACGCUUACAAGUGGCUCGAGAAGCAGAAGGGCCCCUUGGCGGCCACCGGAUCAUUGGCCGCGAGCGCCUUCGUCCAGACGCCCUUCGAGACGAGCCACGGCCAGCCCGACAUGCAGUUCUGCUUCGACGGCACCAACGUGCAGGACUACGUGCUCGACCCGAGCGAGUCGGGCGAGACGGCCGUCAUGCCGCUGGCUUACUACGACGGCAUCAAUAUCCGGCCGGUGCUCUUGGCCCCGCGCAGUCGUGGCAGCGUCACGCUCAACAGAACCGACCCCGUCUGGGGCCCGCCCCUCAUGGAUCCCAAUUACUUCGGCGAGGAUCCCGACCUCGACGCCAUGCUGGCCGCCAUCAGGAUAGCUCAGGACUUGUUUCAGACCAGAGCCUUUCAGGAGAACGGCAUGAGGCUGCUGGACGUGCCGCUGCCCGCCUGCCGACGCCACAGAUUCAACAGUCAGGACUACUGGAGAUGCGUCUUGAUGGAGUACACGACGACGCUCUACCAUCCGGUGGGUACCUGCAAAAUGGGCCCGAGAAGCGACCCAAGGGCAGUGGUCGAUCCACGAUUGCGGGUUUACGGAGUUCGGGGCUUGAGGGUGGUCGACGCGUCGAUCAUGCCUGUGGUAGUGCGAGGAAACACUAAUGCUCCAACGAUUAUGAUCGGCGAGAAAGCUAGUGACAUGAUCAAAGAGGAUUGGCUCGACGAUAAUUAUGAUUGAUCAAUAUACCUUAGGGGAUGUUGUUUCAAGGAAAUAUUUAUUAAUUGACUAUGUGUAAAGUAUUAAAAUUGGAAUUUUAUGAAAGUUAUAAUACAUCACAUAUGAAAAUUGGUCAUAAAUAGUUAA